AUGUCGAAACAAGACCCUCGAACACCUGCUGCAUUAUUGAGGCUCUUGUUUAAUGACUGUAAAGUUAUGGGUUGUGAUGCUUCGAUCCUUCUGGAUGUUUACGAGAGAAGCAAAUCGGAAAUGGGGUCAUUUAGUAAUUUCGGAAUCAAGAAAAGGGAGUUGAUAGGGCAAAUAAAAUCGAUGGUGGAUAAAGUUUGUCCGAACCAAGUUUCGUGUGCAGAUAUUUUAGUGCUGGCAGCUCGAGAAGCUGUGGCGGUUUCUCAAGGGCCGAAAAUUCGGGUCCCACUUGGUCGCCGAGAUUCAUCCGUUGCGUACACUAAUUACGAUGCAGAUUUUAACCUCCCUCCGGCCGAUACGUUCAUCAGAAAAUCGUUGGGGUUUUUAGAAAACUUGAAUGUGGGAUUGACCAUCGAAGAACAAAUUGCACUCUUAGGUGCUCAUACUCUUGGAACUUCUCAUUGUGCCACUAUACAAUAUCGUUUCGACGCUCCGUGGAUUAUAAAUACGGACAAAGAAUUCUAUGAGAAAUUGCAAAAGAUUUGUCCGAAAGGAGCAGCAUCUAAUUUUAAUACAUCGUUACCUAACGAUCGCACACCGUACGUAUUCGACGCAGAUAUAUAUGUGGAAUCAUUACGUGGGAGGGCGCUAUUAGUGACCGAUGUAGAUCUAUCGGAUGAUGCUCUCACUGCUGAAAUCGCCCCGAAAUUUAUUUUCAACAAAGAUUUGUUUUUCAAGACAUUUUCAUCUGCAUUUGUUAAACUUUCAACCGCAGACGUUUUAACGGGAAACGAUGGCGAAAUCCGAAGACAGUGUGAUAAGUUGAAUGGAAUUUAA